AUGUCCGCUGGAGCCGUCGCGGUGCACACUGGCAGGGUGACGGCGGCGGCCGCGCUGUCCAAGCCGAGUCAUCCAGCCGCGCACGCGAGCUCAAGUGGGAGCUCAAGCUCAAGCGGAAGCUCCGGAAACCUUUCUGAGGGAGGCCUCCUAAAGGGAGCCCCACUGGUCGUGAUCGGCCAAAGCCACAGCGGCUGGCCACUGCAGGUUUGGCCUUCAGGACCUGACGACGUCUUUUGGGGCACGACGUGGACACGGUGUGCAGGAAAGCUGGCGACGGCCCUGCUGGUGGUUCGGCUCGUCGAAAUGGGGCGACUGCCAGGCUUGGAUGAAGGGAUCCUCGGAUUUCUACAGCUCCCGGGCCGCUGGGGUGAUUUGAAAAACCAUCAAGUCGUGAAGAAGCUCACGCUCCGGCAUGUUAUGGCGGGUGUCGGCGGUCUUCCAAUGUGGCAGUGGCUUCCCGGAUGGGUCACGAAGCGUGUGCGACCUGCUUCGGAGCUGGCGGAGCGUGCGCUCAGCGCUGUCAACGACACGGUCGUGCCGGGGGAAAGGUUCGUUUACUCCAACAUGCAGUGGGCGGUGGUGGAACGGGCCAUUGAACGUGCAACGGGACUGGACUUGCCGACCGCCGCACGGCAGAUCCUCUUCGACCCCCUUGGAAUCUCGCAAGGCACAUACUUUCGGAGCGAAGACCGACCUGCCUGUUACCAGGCUCCCGGCACCAGCGUCUACGAACGCAACCUACGGGCCGGCAUCGGCCUCUGCAGCACUGCCUACGACCUCUUCCUCCUGGGCAUCAGCCUGCGGCGCUCCUGCAAGCAGUGCCUGCUCUCGGAAGCCGGCUUCAGGGAGGUCCUCACGGACCAGCUCCAGGUCUACUUCCCGGAGGCUGUUGCGAGCUUCCGUGAGAACCCGCCAGCCACAGACUUUGAAAGAAGCGGCCUUCAAUUUCUGGGCCGGGGAUUCGCGGGUUAUCACUUGGCUGGCGGCUGGAUGUUGGCUCACGGAGGCGGAGAAGGGCACCUGGGGCAGAACGUGCUGGUGCAGACGAGUGGGUCGGCUGUCCUGGUGACCCAGAUUUCGCGCUUGCAGGUGUCGCCGAGGCAGGGGAGGCUUGCGACAGCCAGCCUGUCCAAGUUCAUGCAGGGGCCUGGCUCCUUUGACCUCAGCUUCGAAGCUGCGAAUGCUGAAGAUGCUGAAGCUGCAGUGACUUCAGCGACAUCGACUGCAGCACCUUCAGUGACUUCAGUAGCUUCAGUGACUUCAGCACCCUCAGUGACAUCAGCACCUUCAGUGACUUCAGCACCUUCAGUGACUUCAGCACCUUCAGUGCGGAGCUUUCCGGGGUUUCCGGUCUGCGACGAGGGAGUCAAGAGUAGAGUGACAGCUGGAAACUGCAGCCUUCCCUUUCCGAAGCAUGCGGACCCCAUCCAGAUGGCAGCUUCCGCUGAGCACCGCUAUGCUUGCAGUGGCUUGAAGGUUUCUGGUCCCGUUGCUGACGUAAGACUGAGGAAGCAACAGAACAGAUGCACUGGGGCAGUGUUCCAGCAUGCGCCGAUUCACCAACACCAAAUGCACCAACUCAAAAAGCAGUACAACAUGUCAGGCGCGGAGGACUUCAUCCAAGCCUGCAUACAGAAGCCGGACCCAGCAAAGCUACGCGAAAGCGAAGCCGGCCAAGCCAGCGAAGCAUGUUCGCAAAUGUCUGCCUGCGCAUCUGCCUGGAACAUGCUUAAUGUGCUUGCGUGGGAGCGCCAAGUUCCCCAGCUCGAAGCAGUGGUGCGCAGGCAGCACGAGCUGCUCUCUCAGUACAUUGUGACUUGGGGACGUCUUGGGUCGAACUUUCACAGCUCUCAGCAAGACAGGAGGUGUUUACUUUCAAAUGCAUCGAAUAGGGUUCCCUCUGAGAAAAACCGUGAUGUUUGA